AAGAGCUCUGUUCAGUGAACUUGGAGGAACAGAUUUUUUAAACACACACACAUUACAGUUUCCUGAGAAGUUUUUUGCUCCGAAGUGUAGUACUGGAAAUGGCAGUUAUGAUCCGGAUCAAUAACGGAAUAUCGGUGUUCAAGAAAGUACUCAUCGUUGUAAACUUCCUUAUAUUUUUGGUGCUGAUAGUUUUCAACCAGCAAGCUAGUGUUCCUUCGAAGGUAUUUCCUAAGAGAACUGGCGAAGUUUCUGACAAGUAUGAAACAGACUUGUCGCCGGCGGGCGCCACUUUCGCCAUUUGGAGCGUCAUUUAUCUCUUACAGGCGGCUUGGAUCAUUUACUCUUUGACUCUCUUGGUCAGACCAGAAUCUCCUGAUAUACUGCCUACAGAGUUUUACGCAUUCUAUAUAUUAUCGCAGUUCUCUAACAUAAGCUGGCUAAUUUUGUGGGCGCAUGGCGAAGUAACAAUUUCCUUUGUUGUUCUUGUGCUCAUUACUGUUUCUUUGGAUAUUUGUUUUGCAAUUGCUAGCAGGAGCCUCAACAAAUACCUAAACGAACUUUCCUCAGACGACAGCAGCAGAUUGAGCAAAGUCGAUUUAUGGCUUGUACGAUUCCUUGUGCAAAAUGGCAUCAUAUUUUACAUUGCAUGGGUAUCAAUUGCAUCUUGCAUUAAUGCCGCUGUGUCUAUGCAAGCUGACUUGCAUUUCUCUAGAUCCAAGGCUGGUGCUAUCUCACUCUCCUUUUUACUAGCCACAGUUGUCAUUUGGUCGAUCCUGGAAAAUUUUGUCUUCAGGAAGUUCACAAGAUUUGUUGCAGCUGAAUACAUUGUCUUGAUUCUUGGAAGUUCUGGUGUCCUCGCUAAACAGUGGACGGAUGGAAGCGGUAAUCAAGCGUUUGUGUUGUGCAUUCUGAUAGUAUCAGUGCUACUUUUUGGGCUGCGGCUUACGUUGUUGUUCGUUAGAAAAGGCGAUGGUUGCAGAGGUGAACAAACAAAAGCUUGAACCAGAGACAUUUUAUACCGUCUUGUGGAGGGGAACAAUCCUCCUAAUGUCAUUGAGCCACUCAUAAUCUAAACAUUAAAACUACUCCCUUGGCUACAACUUAAUUUAUGUAUAUUUUUAGAUAAUUUGUAUUGGUGUAGAAUAUUCAGUUUAAGGCUGUUUUGUAAUUUGCUUGAGUCUAAAUGUUAUCAUUUUGCUGUAUUUAUUGUGAAUACUUUGGAUAAUUUAUUUUGCAAGAUAUUUUUGAACUUUUA